AUGCAAAGUGCCGUGGUUUAUGGCCGAUUGUUAGCUUCUCAUGCGCGACAAUUAGUGGCGCCUUUGCUGAAACGACAGACUAACUCUACGGAUCUUCGGCUCAUCACGGCAUAUUGUGGUUUUUCAAAGGAUUUCAAGCCGGCGAAGAACAAAUUCGUUUUCGGAGAAGAUGCAUGUUUUCUAGCCAAAACUAAAACUUCCGAUGUCUUAGGUAAGUUACUUAUUGAGAACGGUUUAGUGUUCUUCUUGAAUGGCUGUUACGUAUGGAUAUUUUAGUUUGUGCCGGGCUCGAAUUGUAAACUCGUUUUCCUGUUGUAAACAAAUAUUGCAGCACAUGCAUGAACGGUGGAAAAUGAAGAUUUGUUGUUUUAAGUCAACCUUUUUCAGCGUUCUUUCAGACUCUUACGAUAGUAUUGGAUGUUCCAGCGAACGGGGAUAUGUUAUAUUUGAUAACAUUUAUAUUUAAAAGGUUUACCCAUGUGGUUAUUGUGACUUGUUUUCAAUAGAAGACGAAUUACAUUUCGUAUGUUCACGCAGUGUAUUUUGAUCUCCCGUUGAUGUUCCCAGAUUUAAACUAUUUAAAUUAUUUUACAGCCAUAAUAGAGUUCAGAAAGUGUGCUUCUACAAUAUCUUUAGAAGGAACUACCGAGAUUCAUUUUUAGGAUGAAACCAAAUUACGGCGCUAACUGCAGACAUGUAUCACAGGGUUUUUUGCUUUUAUGGAAUUCGUUUUAUUUUUUCCAGGGUUUUUUUUGAACGAUGUUUUAAUUUGAAAAACUGUUUUCAUGAAAAUGCAAUAUUUGUAUUUUAUAUUCCUCUUUCAGAAAGGCAAUAAGAAUUACUAUUAAACUGAAGUGCUUAUUGCAUAUUGCUUUUAAUUUACAAGAUCUCCUUGCUUUAUCGUUUUAAGUUUAACCACAGUUGGUUAAUUGGAGCUCUUACAUUUUACAAAGAAUUCCAUAAUUGCCAUUUUCUUUUUAACUUUCCCUUGUGCAUUCUCUUUUUUCAUGACCCUGUCUGUAUCUGGUGAUUCUCACUGAUGAAGAUACAUGUGAUAUUGUUCCUCUAAAUUUUGUGAAUUUAUAUUAUACUUUCAUUUAAUUAAUUAGCCCUGUCUUUUAUUGACUUGGUGGGCUGAUUGGUUACCCUUGUACAGACCCUGUUAAAUUGUUUUACUAACUGCCUUAGACAUUUCCAUCUUCAUUUACAGUACAACUGUACUCUUUCUAGUGUAGAAGCUGUCAGCCCAUACACCCUUUUCCUAGUUGUCUAUUUUUCUGUCAGAUAGCUCGUUUCUCUAUUUCAAGGCCAGAAGUAACAGUUGGUAAUUGGACAAUGGCUGCAAAAUUUUUCGUGCGUGUAAUGAAAUCCCCACCACAUUUGGACAUUAUGGCUAGCUUUUAAAUCAUGAUUGGAUAUUAAUUUUGAAGGGGAUUAAAUUUGCCGUGAGGAAGUAACCAGUUCACUGAUAAAUUGUUGUUAUGUGCUCCUUUUCUGUAAUUACAAAUCACAGGUAUUAAAAAUAGGCAAAUAACAUAAGUGACAUAAUAGGAUGUUGUACCACAUUUCUCUUUUGACCUUGCAAGAAAGCAUCAUAUUAUUUAUCACAGCCCUGCUGUUUCCCAUUUUUUACUUCCUUUUUCGUAUGGGUAGUCCUUUGGCAAGUAUCAUGGAAAAAAAGAUAUUGUGAAGGCUGUAGUUUUAAGUUUGUCAAACUUUUAUUGGAUAUACCAGAAACAGUGUAAAGCAUACAUUAUGGCAACUUUUAAUUUCCUCAGGUAUGAAAAUUUUGAGCUUUAAAAUAAUCAUAGUCUUUGUUUUUUAUUUAUCCAGUGAUGAUUUACUGACAGGUAAAAAUAAUCUGGUUUUCUGUCAUUCUGUAUUUUAGUCAGAUGACCAACUUUUAUUCACAGCUAUGUACAGUUUUACAUGCUGAAAAAGUAUACCAUGUUUAUCAUGUACAGAAAAGUGGUUAAAACCCUGAAUUUGCAAACUUGUAAACAAAAAUUUGGACACAUUUUAUAAGCUGUCUAAGAUAUUGGAAAUGUUGCAAAAUAAUAUAUUGCCCAAUUCCUUCACUGAAUUAAAAGAUAAAAUGGUGCAAUGUACAUUCUGUAGUUAUCCCUUUUUCCUCCCAUAUGUAGUUUUAGCAGCUUGUUUUGAUCAGUUUGAUAUGAUGCUUUCAUAAGCAUUUUACUAGCCCUGUUUAAAGAGUUUUUCCGUGCAGUGCCUGUGGCACACCAUGGUAAAAAAUCUGGUUUCUUUUGUUUUUCAUUGUAUUAUUUGUACAAACAAAUGGGAAAGCCAGCCAAUAGAUUGCAUAAAAUCUUGAUCGAUUAUUUCUUCUUCUAAGCCAACCAAUGGGAUUGUUCAAAAACUUUAUAGAUAUUUAAUCGACUUGCUUCCUCUGAAGAAUGUUUCAGGAUGUUCCUUGCCAAAUUUGUCACUUGUGAUGUUUAGGAUGGCUUUUUAACCAGCGAAAUCCUUCGGGACACUGGCAAGUCAUGGGAGGCGACCCAGGCCAACUUAUUUCUCUUUAUUUUGUUUUUUUUUCCCUCCAUGAUUCUUUUGGUUUAGUCUGGCUUUUUCUUAAGGUUUUAGUAGCAUCUGGUUGGGGGGACGUGAUUUUGGAUAGAUUUUUCAAGUCGGAGUUCACCAGUUUUUACAGAGCAGAGCUAGAGUUCAGUUUUUUCUUUUGUUAUCGAAAACACCUUGACGAUGGGGGGUCAAAUCGUGUAAAUUUCAAUUUGUACCCUUGACAAUUGGCAGUGAAAUCACAAAAAUUUUGUCCACGUCGAUCGACGACUUGCUUUCGACAUGGAUUGGACUUUCUGGAUGGGACACACAUCCAGACGUUAGUGAACUUAUUAUACCUUGAAAUCAUGGAUAACCAUUGGAACUAUGUUAACUUUGAGACCUUGGAAACACACUGCAAUUAAUUUUUAACCAGAUCUAGAGCGUCUUAGAAUAUUAUACUUUCAUCUUGGAUCAAAACAUUGGAACUUUAUUGAACUUUCUAACCUUGGAUAGAGCAAGUGGAUGUUUUGUUUUGUUUAUUUUCCAUUAACCUUAAACUGCAAUGUUUAUUUCUCUUUGAAAAAGUUCCCUGUGGCAACUUUCUACCAAGAUAUGAUGUAUCGUUAUACAUAUAGUUCCUGUUUAGGUUAAUAAAAGCAUUACGUUCUCCAUUUCUUGUGUCCAUGAACAUUCCAAUUUUCAAAGUCACACGGGUAAACCUUGUUUUGAUGCAAAACAACUUCAUUUUCCUAUCCAAAUUGUGCUACGAAAAUAACUAAAUGGUGUUAGAUCAAAACAAAAUCAACUCCAUCCAUGCGACCACUGACAACUAUAAAUUCAGUCAUAAGCACAUUAAAAAACCAUACAGGUAACCUACUCAGCGUGCAACGAAAGUAGUGUCUGAUAGCUCAGGGGUAGUGGAUUUUCCUAUCGGGUAAGUGAAUUCUGUUUUUAACUAUUCGAGUAACAGAAAAACUGUGAAAUCAAUAUUCUGCUCAUCAAAAAGCAUUAGGGCUAGUUGAAAUGACGUCUGGGCUAGUUAAUGCUAGCUUCAGCUUGCCCAAAUGGCAAGCUGUAAAAAUGGUUUUCUUUGCACCCUGCUACUCAUUGAUACUCAUAACAUGACACAUAUUUCCAAUUUCCCUAAUUUUUCCAAAUUCAGAUAGAACGCCACUAUGCUUCCAUAGACCAAUGCAUCCCACGGGAACGACGUUAGGCAUCUUGUUAAAAUUUAUAUAUCUCUCUGUUUAUUUGGUUUUGAGUCACUUUUUAUUACUAAAAAUUCUUUAUUUUCCUAUAUCUAUCAUAAAGGACUUUUUUUUGCCCGUGGAGGGAAAGUUUAAUAAUUUUCCUUUUUGAAGAAGAAGUGAAUAGCAAAAAAUAGUAAAUGUUGUCAAGCAUAAACUGUUUCAACUAAUUUUGCCUAUGUAGCUCUGAUUGGUAGAUAAUUCAACGAACUAUUUCAGUUGCAUUACCCUCAUUUUAUACUGAAAACCGGAUAAGCAUUUCUAGGAAGAUUAAAUCAUUGUGAAGUUGAUUAUUUCAAUGUUGCAUCCACCUACUGUUCAAAUUAUCACAAAGUCGACAGUUGAAGAAUUGAGAAUUCAAAUCAUGUCACCUUUCAGAAAUCGAGUUUUAAGAAUUAUUGGAUUAUUGAGACAUGAAACAUUAAAGGGGAAAGAUAUGGUAAAGGUUAAGAUUCAGAAUUUGUGCGAGAACUUUUCCAUCUCUCAUUCUGUCCCAUGGUUUUUGUCAGGGUACUCCAUUUUUCUUCCCUUCUCAAAAGCAACCAGCCUUUCCAAAUUCCAAUCCAGUCUGGAAUGUUAGACAAAGAAUAAAGAUGAGGAUGUGCUACCACCACAUCAUUAUUUAUUUAUUUAUUUAUUGUAUUAAUCAGGUGUUGCAGAUGGAGUUGGAGGUUGGCGACACUAUGGCAUUGAUUCCUCACUUUUCUCUAGUGCAUUAAUGGAAAGUUGUAAAAGAUUUGUGUUGGAGGGCGGUCUUGAGACACCAUCUCCGGUCAGUAUAAUUAAAGCAGGAUUCAAAGAGCUUGCUGAACAUAAGGAGCCUUUGUUUGGUAGGUGAUUUAAUAACUUUGUCACUUAUUGUAUAAACUGACUACAGUACGAUGUACUACAGGGUUCACACAGUCUUGAAAAGUCCUUUAAAGUCCUUGAUUAUUCCAUUUUUCCUUGAAAUGUCCUUAAAUUUCUAUGCAAGUCCUUGAAUUUUUUUCAACUUUGAAUGUAGUGGCCUGGAAAGUGUUUUUUUAUGCUUUUUGGUUGUCCAUAGCUCAGAGAAUUUAAAAGUUAUUUACACAAAGUGCUCAAUGUUUUUUGCAAUAAUUACAGUCAAAACAGGUCAAGCGUACUCCCCAAGAUUCUAUUAAUGAAUUGAUUAUUUGAAAAUGAAUCUGUUAGUCGUUCCCGUAACUAGUGUCAAAUUCAAAUCAGAAUUACUGCCUGCGUAAUGAGCAGUGAAUAAUUUACGAGAACUUGUCUGUAUUUGGUCAGAUUGAAAAUCUUUGAAUGAAUCAAAAUUCUUAGAAGACAUUUACAUCAAAUUCAGGGAAACUGAGUGGUUAGAAAUUUUGUAACUGAGUCGCGUGUGAAUUCACGGCUCAUUAUGCAUGCAAGAAUGUAGAGAUGAAUCUGAAAUCUACAACUGCCAACGGACUCAACUUUCGAAUGAUAAAUCCAUUAAUGGAAUUCUGGGGGGUACGCUUGACCUGGCUUGACUGUAAUAUUUUGGUUUCCGGUUCUAAUAAUAUGUAAUAUUGUAAGGAACUGAUGAUAAUAUUUUGGUGAUAUAGGUAGCAGCACAGCUUGUAUUAUGGUACUUGACAAAAAAAGCCAGACGCUUCACUCUGCUAACCUGGGUGAUUCCGGAUUUUUGGUGAUUCGUCAAGGUUCAGUGGUACAUCACUCAUCUGAACAGCAGCAUUAUUUCAACACUCCNUCGAAUGAUAAAUCCAUUAAUGGAAUUCUGGGGGGUACGCUUGACCUGGCUUGACUGUAAUAUUUUGGUUUCCGGUUCUAAUAAUAUGUAAUAUUGUAAGGAACUGAUGAUAAUAUUUUGGUGAUAUAGGUAGCAGCACAGCUUGUAUUAUGGUACUUGACAAAAAAAGCCAGACGCUUCACUCUGCUAACCUGGGUGAUUCCGGAUUUUUGGUGAUUCGUCAAGGUUCAGUGGUACAUCACUCAUCUGAACAGCAGCAUUAUUUCAACACUCCGUAUCAGUUAGCACUUCCACCUCCAGGACAGGCUGGUAGCGUUAUACAGGACAGGUGACUGCGUACCUUGCUCAAUAACCGGUUUCCUCAUUUCAUUUUAAUUAUACUGUAGGGAGGUUAAUAAGCAACAACAACGAUGACUACAAUAACAGCGUCAAAAAACGAUAAUUGGUUUUAUGAGCAAAACAACAGCUCUGCAUGUGCACUAUGCUUUUUAGUUCAUUUCUUACAUGUUCACUGCAUGAGUAUGAUGUGAAACCUUCUGAUGCAACGUUUUAUGGAGAACAUGAACAUUUGACAACAAUUUUUCCUUUUUCUUUUUGAACCUGGAUAAAGUCCUUAAGAAUUCAACUCCAGGAAAAAUCCCUUGCGUUUGAAAGAUUAAGCAGAUCCAAAUAGAUGCAUUAAGGUUUGAAACGACAUUAUUUAUAUUUUUAGCGACAUUUUCACUGCUGCCAUCAUGGCCAUUGGUAAAGAUUCCUAUUGUCUCUUUUAGUUGGUACAGCAGUGCAGUAACACUUACCAAUAAAAUUACUAUUUAUUAUUAUUUUUGUACAAGGUUAGUGUAAAAGCUUACCAUUGUCAUGAACAAACCUGAAGAUUUAGAGUGGAAAUCCUGUGCCGUUAUUUGGAUAUCCGUGAUAAAAUUAAAAUGUGCUAUUUAUUCCUGAAGUUCUUUUCUGACAACAUGGUCAUAAAUGCACAGAGCAAACAACAACAACUUCAUUUCUGCUGGAGACAGGCAACUAAGAGAAUUCACAAGAAUUAAUUUUAAUUAGUACUAACAAUUGCAGUACGUGCAGUAGUUGGACACCCAAUAUUUAACAAUUAUUCCUCUCGCCAUGAGGGCGAGAGGAAUAAUUAUUGUUUUAGUAAAAUCCAACUAGUUGGUAAAAAAUAUCGAGACAAAAUAACUUUAGCUAGCAAAACGCGAUUCAGCCGCCAUUGUUCUGGUUUUCAAAGCUGGUGCUUUUCACUACUAGUGGGCUAUAACAUAUAGCCUAGUAGUAGCUCAACCAAUCACAACACAGCAUUGAUAAUAGACCACUAGUUGGAUUUUACCAAUAAAAAAUAUCUGUAAAGUUAAACUAUAAUAGUUGGGUGACCAUCGUAAUAAAUAAUAUAUUUAUAAUAACUGUAAAUUUGCAAAGUCAAGAAAGAUCGAGGCUUAACAAAUCUACAUUGAUAUUGUAUAAAAUUUAAUGUUAAAUAUUAUAAUGAAAUAGGUACAAAAGUAAAUAUACACAACAAAGUGACAGGAUGGAAUAGAUGCAUUGUAAAAAUAACAGUCAUGAUUUUUGUUUGUGUGUGUUGUUUUUUUUUUUUCAGUUUGGAUGAAGCAGAGAGUACAUCAUUUAGUGUGGAGCCAGGGGAUUUGAUUGUGUUAGCUACUGAUGGCCUGUUUGAUAAUGUUUCCACUGAACAAAUACUCAAAGAAUUAUCACAACUUGAGGUAGGAAUUUAUUAUACCUGAUUAAUUAAUUUAUUGAUUCAUCAUGCAUGUUACAAGUAUUAUUGAUUGAUUUGCGGUAAAGUGUGCGAGUUCUUGUUCCUGCAACUGUUUAUACAUGUGUUUACGCCCUCGAAACACAGCACAGAAAAAUGGAUAUUAAUAUUCAGUGCUCGAAACUAACUUUUUUCCCUUCGGUUUCAUUGUAAACUAACCACACAAAAUCCUUUUUCCAAGCUGGUUUGAAGUCUCUAUCCUUCUUUGCCUUUUCCACUCCUGUUGGCUGGGAAUCACCUGUAUUAGCGUUUUCUUCAUCUUUCCUUUCUUCAUCUUCCCUGCGCCUUUUGAAAUAGCAUAACAAAGUCCCAGCACGAGAGGCCGCAUUUUCCACGAUGUUUUUCGGAGUUGCAUGAUGUUUACACAAUUUGCAGUGGAGUGGACUGAGAACCAAAUGUGGCCCAUUCCCUCACUGUUUACAAAAUGGCGAUUGUAAUGCGGAAGUUAUGAGCGUAAACAACGUAAUUGAAAGAACAAUUUUAAAAAUAUUACGUGCUGAUUUAACAAAUGUGAAACCAAGAUCCACAGGCUAAAACUUCCACUCGUCCAUGAGAACGACUAACUCAAAAUUUUACUCGUUUUAGACGAGUAAACGACCGUUAGUUUCAAGCACUGAUAUUAAAUAGUCAUUUUCUUUCCUUCCUUUCAGGAUCACAGCACAGAGAGCAUACAAAAUGUCACUGAUUCACUAGCACAUUUAGCAAGGACUCAUUCAUUUGAUCCUAAUUUUUCCUCUCCAUUCUCUGAACAAGCCAGAUGUGAAGGUUUUAACAUUACAGGUGGAAAGCCUGAUGACAUCACCAUCCUUAUAGCAGUAGUAUCUGAUAUGGCAGCAGAUGAUUUAGACACUUGAAAGUGAAAGAAUUAGCGAGAAGAGGCUACUGACUCACAUCAUGGGAUUGGUGUCUGUAUUAUGACAGCACAGAAAGCUAUUCCACCUUGAUUCCGACUGAUAGUCUGUCUCUUUGUACUUCCCACAUAAAAACUUCCUUGUCAUUCAACAUCUCAUCAACUUUGCGAGUUUGCAAACGGUUGUUAUUUUAAAGAACAAGAAUCCAUCGACACAAUUCCGAGGUCCAAAUUUUAUUCACCAAGAGAGAUAGCUGGACAGUUGUCAUGAUAAUUAUUUGAAUAAUAGUUAAUUGUUGUAUGAAUCUCCACAAUCAGUGGGUGUAAAAUGAAACUCCAAAUUUCUUUUGCUUAUUUUGGUGAGAGUUUCUUUGGCUCAUUAUUUUCUGUACAUUGCAUAUCACUUUUCAAUGUUUUAAUGGAUGGCCAGUACCUCUCACUGCAAAUCUUUUGAUUUAAUUUUGGUUUUAUAAAAGGUCUCCAGAGCUCGCUGAAAAGCCUCAUUCAUCAGCUCUUUAACAUACUCUGUGGUUUUCACAACUGAUAAUUUUUGCAAUAAUGUUGCCAGACAAAAACUGCAGGCAGUAUGCUAACUGGCUAAAAAAUAAAAGAGAAUUCAGAAGUGUCCUACGGCUCUUUUGGGCCAGGGGCAGGGAGUGAUUGAUUUUUCCAAAUAGCACGGGUAAUCAAGCCUAUGUACACUGUUGGCUUUCUCAUGUUAUGUCAUCUUAUAUUAUUGUAUGAUUCAAUUCAAUUCAAUUGCCCAUAACCAGUUGGAACAUGGGCUUGUUUCAUUUUAAAGAGUAACAUCCAAACAUGUCUCAUCCCACCCUCCAACAAAGCACAGCACAGCUUUUUUCAUUUUUUUGAGAAGCUUUUCUUUUCUUACAUGUAAAGUUACAACAGGAAAGCUUCUUGUUUAUCGCAUUUUGGUAUCAUAGUGGGCUUUCAGAAAAAGGUCAUUUUUUUUACUAACCAUGAAUGUAUCCAAAUUCCUUUUUGUCCCUUAAAGUGAGGACCGGCAACAGUCUAAAAAGGCCAUAAUGAUUGUCCCUUGUUGUCAUCAAGACAACUUGAAUUAGUUAAUUGAAGCAAUUUGAUAUGUUAAUGUAUAAUUUAAUGAGAUUCCACAUUUGGCCUUGCUCCAAAUGUUUGUUAUAGCCACAAGAAUCACUCCAGUGCUAAUUGUUGAGUUGUAAAGCUUUUUCUGCUAAAUGAUACAUUAACUUAAAAUAACCGUUUUGACUUUAUUACCAAAGACUUUAGAGUUUUUGGUUAAAAAGAAUCUGCUAGAGAACAAUGCUGAAUUUUGUAUAUAAUUUAUUAUACGUUCUCAUAAGACCAUGUUUUGUAUAAAAUCAUGUGAUCCUUAAAAAUGGAUGAUGUUAUUUAAUUUAAUUUCUUUUUUGCCCCUAUUUUCUGUCUGUAAAUAAGAGUAAUAGUUCAUCUAGUACUGUAAAUUAAAACAACUUGUUUCAAGGGUAUUGGCUGCUUCUGUCCAUUCCCUGGAGAGAGAAACAAAAAAGGGGGACUGGAAAAGAGUAGCCUUUGCACAGCAGCUCCCUCGCCUCAAACAAAGUUUGAUCGGAGGAGGAUGCUGUACAUAGGCUAGAAGAGAGAUACCCUGAGGGAUAGGUUGAUUUUGAUGAUUCUUUGUUUAUCGAACUCUGACAGUGCGCCUGGAGUUAAAUUGGAUGUUUUAAUAAAAGUUAAAAUUUUGUCAGUAAUACAUUAUAG